AUGUCGACCAAGAUUGCAAUCCUUCUGGCUGUUCUGGUAGCGGUAGUCGCCUGCGUCCAGGCACAGGCCGAUCAGCGUCAUCGACUCCGUAUCGUCGGUGGAUUCGAGAUCGACGUCUCCGAUGCUCCGUAUCAGGUGUCUUUGCAGUACAACAAGCGUCACAACUGCGGAGGUUCCGUUCUGUCCAGCAAGUGGGUUCUAACAGCAGCUCACUGCACUGCUGGAGCGUCGCCUUCCAGCUUGACUGUGCGACUGGGAUCCUCCAAACACGCAUCGGGUGGAACCGUUGUCGGUGUUGCACGAGUCGUACAGCACGCUAGCUACGACAGCAGUAACAUCGAUUACGACUACUCCCUGCUGGAACUGAAAGACGAACUUACCUUCAGUGAUAAGGUGCAGCCAGUUGCUCUUCCGGAGCAGGACGAGCCGGUAGAGGAUGGAACCAUGACGACCGUCUCUGGUUGGGGAAACACCCAGAGUGCUGCUGAGUCUAACGCUGUUCUUCGGGCUGCCAACGUACCGACCGUCAAUCAAAAGGAAUGUAACAAGGCUUACUCAUCGUUUGGAGGAGUCACCGAUCGUAUGCUGUGCGCCGGAUACCAGCAGGGUGGAAAGGACGCUUGCCAGGGAGAUUCUGGUGGUCCCCUGGUCGCUGACGGAAAGUUGGUUGGUGUCGUUUCGUGGGGCUACGGAUGUGCUCAGGCUGGAUAUCCAGGAGUGUACUCGCGGGUGGGCAGCGUACGCGAUUGGGUUCGUGAGAACAGUGGAGUGUGA